AUGGCACCCACUGUCGACACUCUCAUCAUCGGCGCCGGGCCGAGUGGCCUUUGUGCCGCAAAGACCCUUCUUCAACGAGAUCCGUCGUCCGACAUUCUGCUCGUCGAUGGACGGGCCAGCGUUGGCGGGGUCUGGUCCAAGGAGCAGAUCUACCCGAACCUAAAGACGAACAACUUCACCACCGCCAUCGACUUCUCCGACUUCCCGAUGGACCUCGAGGCCUACGGUCUGAAAGAAAAGCAACACGUCCCCGGGUCCGUGAUGCACGAGUACCUCGUCUCCUACGCCAAACACUUCGGCGUGUAUGAGAAGGUGCAGCUCAACACCCAGGUCAUCCGAAUCACCCGACCCGAUGGCGAGGAAUGGUAUAUAGACGUGGACCACAAUGGAGAGGCCAAGACGAUAUCUUGCAACCGUCUGAUCGUCGCGACCGGCGUUCUUACUGUUCCGCACAUGCCCGACUUCAAGGGUUCCGAGGAGUUCGAUGCGCCCAUCGUGCACUCGUCCGACCUCGGGCCACGGAGCGACCUCUUCUCAUCGCCCGAUAUCAACACAGUUGCCGUUCUGGGUGGGAGCAAAUCAGCGUACGACGCCGUGCAUCUGGCCGCGUCCACCGGGCACAAGGUCCGUUGGGUGAUCCGCCGCUCGGGGCGGGGUCCGGCGUGGGUCUUUACGGCGUUCACGCAACUCGGUCCGUUCAAAGUAUGGAGGGAACGUCUCGUGACCAGACGCAUUGUCGCCUUCAUGUCGCCGUGUAUAUUUCCCGAUAUGUCGGGGCUGACAUGGAUCCGACGGUUCCUGCACGAGAACGCGCUCGGCAGGGUUAUUUCGAAGGCGUUCUGGAAGUUGAUACGCUAUGACACUAUCAAGGACUGUGGAUAUCAGACGCACGAGAAGACCAAGGUGUUGCAGCCCGAGCAGAAUCAGUUCUGGUACGGCACUACUUCUGGUAUUCUUAGUUUCGACGACGACUUCUUCGAAUACGUGCGCAACGGUCAGGUAGAGGUCUACCGCGAAGACCUCGACCACCUUUCCGACCAUAGAGUACACCUCUCUGAUGGCACAUCCUUCCCCGUCGACCUCCUUGUUGCUUCCACCGGUUUCUCUGCCAAACCCACCAUGAACUUCGAACCUGCGUCCCUGCACGCCGAACUCGGUGUUCCGACCACGGAAAUGAGCCCCGAACAAACAGCAUUCUGGAAAGAACAGGACUCGAAGGCCGACGCGGUCAUUGGAGCUCGGUUCCCCCGUCUUCUCGAUGGUCCCUUCCUAAGUCCCACCUCGUCGAAGCCGAAGCCGUUCAAUCCUGGCGCGUCAGUCGAGGUGUCGUACACUCCCUGGCGCCUAUACCGGAGCAUGGCGCCACCGGGUCUCGCGGCGAAAGACGAUCGAUCGCUCAUUUUCCUCGGUGUCUUCAGCAACCUGGCCAACAUCAUGAGACUGGAGGCUCAGUGCCUGUGGUCGCUUGCCUACUUCGAGGGCAAGAUUCCCUCGCUUGACAGGAACAUUCGCGCUGGAACGGUCUACGAGGAAACUGCGCUCCUCCAGAGAUGGGCUCAGCAUCGCGCACCAUACGGACACGGACGGCAGUAUACGGAUAUCGUGUUUGAUCAGUUAGCGUAUUGGGACAUGCUGCUAGGCGAGGUCGGGGUGCAGACACAGAGAAAGCCGAGCAAGUGGGCGGAGUUUUGGGAAUCGUACACGCCUUUGGAUUAUCGAGGAAUGGUGAAGGAAUGGAUGGAUCAGAACCCCAAAUGGGGCAGUGGAAAGGUCUAG